AUGUACUCCAAAGUUGUGAUUUUCCUCGCUCUGUGCGUUCUUAGCACUGUUUCGGCCGGAGUAGUUCCGGUAGCGGCACCGUUGGCGGCGGCCGGUGUUAUUGCACCGUACGCCACAUCGUACAAUGCACACACGGUAAACCACAACAUUGCUGCUCCGUAUGUGGCCGCCACGCCCGUUGCUGCACCGGUUGCCGUGGCCAAGUAUGUCGCUGCACCGGCUGUUGCACCGGUGGCCAAGUAUGUUGCUGCUCCGGUUCCGGCUGCUGCUGCCUACACCACCGCGUACAGUGCCGCCAGUCCAGUGUUCCCAGCUGCUGCCUACACGGCGUACAGUGCUGCCACCUAUCCGUACCUCUUCUAA